AUGUCUUCGACUCUAAUCGACGCAAAAAAAUUAACGAAACGUCAACAAAAAACCCUUUCUUUUCGUGAAAAUAAAAGACAAAAGCAAGAAAUUAAACCAAAUGCUAAUGAUAGAAGCGAAGAAGCAAAUGAUGACAGAGAAGAGGAAAACUUGGGUGAAGAGGUGAUGGAUAGAGAACUCAUAGAAGAAGAGAACAAAACGAUCGCGGAAAAAGUAGACGAUUGCGAUAUAAUAAUAAAACCUGAUAACAAGAAGUCUUCACCUUUAUCCAAGAAGAAACCUCAUAAAAAACCUACGACACGGUUUAUUGUUUUCGUUGCAAACUUGCCUCUUGAUAUAAAAAAAGAAGAAUUGUCAAAGCAUUUCGAGUCGGCUGGUACCCCUAUAUCUGUUCGACUUAUUACCGAUAAGAAAUCAAGAAGAUUAAAAGGUUAUGCUUUCGUAGAAUUUGAUAAUCCGCAGGCAAUGAAAAGAGCGCUAAGGUUUCAUCACACAAAGCUCAAGAAUAAACAGAUAAGAGUAGAAUUGACGGCUGGGGGUGGCGGUAACAAAAGUUUAAUACGUAAAAGAAAACUUGAAGAAAAGAAAAAGAAGCUGAAUGAAGAGAGGCGUAAAAUUCACGAGACUUACAUCGCGCCCAAGAAAUCAAAAUCUCUAGAUAGUGUUGAUGAUUCUACUACAAAAAUCCUCGACACAAACACGAGUGAAGUGAAAGUUAACGGAAAUGUGUUAACGAAAAAACCAAGAUUGAAGGGUUCUAAUGCUGUCAAACCGGUUAAAGUUAGAAACUUUGGCAGCUGA